AUGAGUGUAAGUUCAGCACCUGCACCGCGGUUCUACGGCAACUACGGUCAAGGCGGCUCCGGCCAGAGCAAUCCCUAUGCCCAGCAAGGCGGCUACGGCCAAGCGAACGGCUACGGCGACAACUACGGGCAGCAGGGUGGAUACGGCAAUCAAGAUGUCGAGAUGCAGCAGUUCAACGGCCAGCCGGGCUACGACGCACCAGCAGCCGGGCGUGAUCCGAACGCAAUCCUCAACGAGUGCCGAGAUAUCGACCGCGCCAUCGACGAUCUCGAGCGACGCCUCGAUCGCCUACGCGACCAGCAGCGCCGCUUCUUAAACGACAGCGACAACUCGCAAGGUCUCGACGUGAUGGCCUCGGACAUCAUGACCGCUUACCGGUCCUUGGGCGCGCGGGUGCAGAAGAUCAAGUCGAACCCGGAGUCAGGGAAUCCUAGGAACUCACCGCAGGUCGGGCGGGUGGAUCGCAGGAUCAAGAAGGCUAUUCAGGACUAUCAGAGGCUGGAGAGCGACUUCAGGGCGCAGGUCAGGGAACAGCAGGCUAGGCAGUACAGGAUUGUGAGGCCUGAUGCCACCGAGGAAGAGGUUCGGGCAGCGUGUGAGGAACCAAACCAACAAAUUUUCCAACAAGCGCUCCUUCAAAGCGACCGCCGAGGCCAAGCCCAGUCUACACUCUCAAAUGUCCGAGCGCGUCACGAUGCUAUCCAGAAUAUUGAGAAGACGAUGAUCGAACUAGCUCAGCUCUUCCAGGAUCUUAAUGAGGUCGUCGUGCAGCAAGAGCCGAUGAUCGAGAACAUUGAGCAAAAAGGAGAAGAAGUCAAUGACAACGUUGUCAAAGCCAAUGUCGAGAUACAAGGUGCCACAGAGAAAGCCAGGAGCGCACGCAGGAAGAAGUGGUGGUGUCUCCUUAUCGUCAUCCUCAUCAUUGCCAUCAUCGCUGGUGUUGUGGGAGGCGUUGUUGCAUCCAGACAAUAA